AAAGCAGGAAGUCCUCAGACACUCAGGUGUUUAUUGGUUGCUCAAUUUUAUGUGAAUGAAGCAAAGACUGAGAAGAUCAACACCGUCACUGUAAACACACACAACAAACACUCAGUGAAUGAUCCCGAGUCAGACCCUCUCACAGGAGGAGCACGAGGAGGAGGAGCAGGAGGAGGAAGAGCAGGAGGAGGAGCAGUAGGAGGAGUCCCUCUGUCCCUCUGCUGAUUGAGUUUCUCUCUUCAGCUCAUCUAUUCAUUCACUGAUGAUGUGCUGAUCCUGCUUGAAAACUCAGUUUGUUAGACAUAUCAUCAUAUCCAUGAAUAACCACAGCGCGUGUCACUCUGGCCGUCAUGACGUCAGUCUGGUGUAAAUACAGCGAAAUAAUCUCACUUGUGCUCGCUGAUCUACAGCUCUGACAUCGAUUAGCAUCCACUGAUCCAAUCUGCAGAACUGCGUGCGAUUACUGCCGCUCCCGACCAAUCACAGGCUGCGCUGAGAGACACGUCACAGAGCGCAGGCGCACGACCGGAAACGCAGCGGAACAACGGAAACGGUCUCGUUGUGCGGGGAAUUUAAACCUGCGGGAGUGUCUCGUGCUGUGUGUUUAUAAAUGUCUUCAUCAUUUGGAUGCUUGGCGAGUCAUUCAGCAGAUGUUAGUGUGUUCACCUCGAGUGUGAAGCAGCAGCAGCAGCAGCAGCGACAUGUCAACCAAGAGUCUGGCGAAAGAGCUGGGUCUUAUCAGGAAGCGCACUCAUUCAUCAUCUGGAGCCCAUCAGCGUCCCUCCGUCUGCAAGCAGCGCUUCUCUUUCCUGAUCAUCAUUGACUUCGAGUCCACCUGCUGGAGAGAGAAGAGCAGCUGCGGACAGGAGAUCAUUGAGUUUCCGGCCGUCCUGCUGAACGUGUCGAACGGAGAAGUGGAGUCAGAGUUCCACUCGUACGUCCAGCCGCAGGAGCACCCAGUACUGUCCGCCUUCUGCACGGAGCUCACCGGCAUCACACAGGAUCAGGUGGACUCCGCCCCUCCCCUCCACAUCUGUCUGUCCAGAUUCACUCGCUGGCUGCACAGUCUCCAGCAGGAGAGGGGCGUGGUCUUUGAGACGGACAGCACAGGCCCCGCCCCCUCCAGACACCCCUGUGCGUUUGUCACAUGGUCAGACUGGGAUCUGGGAGUUUGUCUGCUGUACGAGUGCAAACGGAAGCAGCUGAGCGUUCCUGAAGCUCUGAAGAGCUGGAUCGACCUGCGAGCCACAUACAGGCUCUUCUAUAACAGGAAGCCCAAAGGUCUGAGAGGAGCUCUGCUGGACCUCGGCAUCCAGUUCACAGGAAGAGAGCACUCAGGUCUGGUGGACGCGAGGAACACGGCUCUGCUGGCGUGGAGGAUGAUGUCUGACGGCUGUCUGCUGACCCUGACCAAGUCUCUGAGGGGGGCGCUGGUGAAGUCCAGACCUCCGUGUGGAAGCGUCUCCGGUGAGCGACCCUCAGCGCUGAGUGAGCGUGACGAGCGGCAGACGAGUGUGUGUCGAUCGCUCGUGUCGCCGCGCACUGUCCUCUCCAGCGCAAACACUCCGCUGUGUGCCGGCGCGUCCAGACCGCUCGCGAGUCUCCGCACACUGGCCGGGCUCUCAGACACGACCUACGACCCCGAGACUCCAGACGCCUGCUGGCGGGACGGAGUCCUGCUGACCGAGGGGGAGGAGCCUGUCUCUUAUGAUGAUGUGCUCGUGGGGGCGGAGCCUGAGGAGACUGAUCCCGCAGGACCCAACAAAACCUCGUCAGACCACUACAAACCUGCCAGACCAGCAUCCAGCUCCUCUGCUUCCAGACUGCUCCCGCGCACAGACCCGUACGGACCGCUCUCGCGCUUCUUAGGACGCAGCGGCGCGUCGUUCAGCGUUUAUAAAGACCCGCCCAUCAGGACCACGACGCCCGGCGUGUCCCACGCGGUCAGCCUCGCGCCUAAGAUCACGUCUCCUCUGUGCGGCUGCGGCCGGAGGGCCAGGCGUCUGACGGUGGGGAACGGCGGGCCGAACCACGGCCGUGUGUUCUACUGCUGCCCCGUCAGACGGCAGAGCUGCGGCGUGCCACAGAAGGGCUGCGACUUCUUCAAGUGGGAGUCUGGAUUAAUCCAGGCCAGCAAACAGAACCAGAUCAGAACACCACAGACCUGCAGCUCUAGACCCCUCCGGUGAACACGUGUCUUUAGAUUUGAACAAACCUGUUGAAGAAUUCAUUUAUUAUAAAGAAAACUCAUUUUAAAGUAUUUUUAGAAAUUCUGUCAGGGAUAUUUGCAUCCUUUAACCUUAACUUGGACAUUUCUGCAUCCAUUCUUUCUGUUUUUGGGAGAGAAUCAACACAUGAAAUGAUGUUCCUCACUAACGAUCUCAGACGAGCACACUGCUCACUAAAGACGUGACAGAAACAGUAGGUGCGCUAUGCUAGUAUGCAUUUCCAUGUUCAGACUUCAGAUGAUGUGUUUGGUUAUCAGAUACAGAGAACACUGAACGUCUGUCUUUAUUCUGCAUCACAGCAUCAUGAUUAUUAUGAUGAACUCAUCAGUUGUGUCUUUGUGAUUUUAACAAACCUGUAAUAUAAUAUUUAU